CUCACUCAAUAAACCCAAAAUCUUUGUCUGUUCGUCAUUUUCCCUUGCCAUCUUGUUCUUUUCCCCCCUCACUUUCCAGAACAAAAUCAUAGAAACUGAAAGAUUGAAUUUUUGUUCUCUCGAUCAUUCAUAUCUUUCUUUGCAAAAAAGUUACUGAUUCAAGUGCAUUGGGAUGGAACAAGAAGUAGGGGAAUCCUUGAUUCAUCUGGGGAACUCAGAUGGUUCUAAUUCUAGCAGCUCAGAUCCCGUAACUCGUGUAAGGAAGCUAUUGUUUCGCCGGAUGCUGGUGGGGAUCAAAGACGGCCGGUUUUUCUUGGGCACUUUCCACUGCCUUGACAAGCAAGGGAAUAUCAUUCUCCAAGAUACAAUAGAAUAUCGUAGUACCCGUCGGUCUUCUCCAUCUCCUAUGGAGCAACGAUGCCUUGGUCUUGUUCUCAUCCCUUCCUCUUGUCAGAACUCCUGUCAUGUGGAUUGCUCCGUCGAGGAACAGUUGUCACUGCUGAAGGUAUAAGAAACUAGAAUCUUAUGUUCCCAUAAAAUCUAUGUUUGAAAGAAACAACAGUUUUCAUGCAAGUAUUGUUAGUUUUCUAGAGUGAUUGAUUGUAUUGUAAUUGCGUUGUUUUGAGCAAAUUGAAAGGAUCGUAAUUGUUGCACUAUAGGGAAUUUGAUCUUGCACUCAGAUAACCUGCAUUUAUAUACUCCAUAUGAUAUUCUUUGGUAGGCAAAAAUGAUAUAAAGGAGCUUCAGUCAUGGAGUAUGUGUUUGGUAA